AUGGAUGUCCACCACCACGAUCUUACCGCCGGUACGAAGUGCGACGCAUCGCGCCAAAUGCGGGGAUUUUCCCCCCCCAGAAAAGUCAGUUUUCUGUCCUCGCCAUCUAACUCGUCUACGAUAACAUUCUUCAAGUUCCCUGCGGUUCUCGAUCUCUUUAUUCGUAUAGCUUCCGUCUUCGUCGUCAAGUUUAGCCUGCCGAAUCUCCGAUUCAACGCCAACAGUUUCCUGACUAUUCCUGCAAAGACCAAGCAUACAGGAUUGGGCGACUCGGGGAAUGGCAUGAGGCCAAUAGCCCCGUAUGUCAUCUCCGACCCCACAUUGAGUCACGUCGACUCUACAGCCCAGGACGUCCAGUUGCAAUCAGUGGCGGAAGAGUCAUACCUGCAUCAUGGCAACACCAUUAAAUAUGCACGUGUCGGAUAUCCAAAUGUUUUCAUAUCGCUGAGUUCCAAGCCAAUGCAAGCGGAGGACGAGCUGGGAAUCAAGGAAGUCCAUCGACUCCCUUUUUCCAAUGGAUGCAGACCGAAAUUGACAGUGGCAUUGACGCGACUCGGAUCGUUUGUUUUCGGCGGAUUGAGCCAGGCCGCAAAUAUAACUCCGCAUGCUACAUCUAUUCGCAUUUUUAUUGGUCACGGGUUGAAAGACCGCAUCAUAACGUUGAAUCGCCCCCGGUUGUCCAUUGCGGCUCUCAAACAGCUGGGGUUCAGAGUGCACACGGGGACGAGUGAAAGCAAUGGGGUCGCUUACAACAUCUAUUAG